CCCGGCUCCUCCUCUACCUUUGCUCUCCGUCCCCACCUACCCGCCAAUCAUCUUUCUCCCGCAGACAUAGUCGGCGCAGGAACGCAGGCUGUGUCUCCCGAAGCUCCCUUCGGAACCCCGCAGGUAGCGGGGUAAGGACGCGGAUUAAUGCGGCUUUGAAGCGGGGAGGAGGGAGGCCAGCGACAGCCCAACUCCUGGCUGAGAGCCGCUGGCCGGCCAGCCGUGCACAGGCGUUCAGGGAGGAAGGCCGGUCCGUCGCAGCCAAUGAGCGUGGGUCCUGCGGGCUCAGGGUGACCCGGGCUCCAGCCAGGGACCCAGGCCUGUACCCGCCUGAGGCAGUAGGCAAGGCGGGUCAGGAGCUCUUUGCUUAUCACAAGUUGACAUAGGACUCCACUCCAUCCUUGCCCAGAGUCGACCUGUGAGUGCCUGAGGCGCAGGCGAUGCCUCCAGGGUUGGAGACUGACACUCAACUGGAUGAAUUAAAUUCAGUGGGUUUAAUUGGACCGUGGAGUAGCACCAAGGCCUGUAUAUAGGCAAUUAAUGGAUGCUUGGAAGUUGGCUUGCAUAUUCAGAAAUGUUUUGCCACCUGAAGCCUUUGAAGAGGUUGGCUGUCCCUGCAUGGUAGAUGCAUGCUUGUCCCAGAGAGUAAUCCCUGUGUCCGACAGGUUCUGCCUGAAGAAGAUCCUCCCUCAUUGGCUUCACUACUCUCGAGCUCUAUCAGGAGCAGAAGCCAUCAAUGCCUUGAGGCCUUUCUACUUUGCAGUUCAUCCCGAUUUCUUUGGACAGCACCCCAGGGAAAGGGAAAUCAAUGAAAAUUCUCUUAAGAGAUUAAGUGUCUACUUAGAAAAUCUCCAGAAACCAGGCUUCAAGUCUCUGAAACCAACUCAGCUUACAUUUUAUAUAAGAGAAAAAACAGCCCAGAACUCCUCUGAAGGCCAGGAGCCUGUCAGUGCUUCAGGAUUUCGAGCAGUCAGAUUUACUUUGCACACCAGCGAUCUGCUAAGCACAGUAUUGUAUAUUCUCAACUCCUGCAGUUUGUCUGUUGAACACAUCCAAAGCUUGAACACUAAUGUGCAUUCCCAGCCUCUCAAGGAAGCUAUAGGGAUGCCUGACAGACCCAUCAAAUGGCAUAGGUCCUAUUAUUCCUUUACUGGGUUCAAGGACCCUGACGAAGACCUUGAACAUGUCUCAAGAGUGGAAACAACCCUAAUGUCCUGGCUAGGUAGCAAUGGGAAACUCGCUGUUAAAAAGCUGAAGAACAGUUUGCCACUUAGGAAAGAGCUGGAUCGUCUGAAGAAUGAACUGUCUGAGCUUCUGCAACUUUCAGACAUCAGGUGGCAGAGGGGCUGGGGUGUUGCCCAUCGCUGUAGCCAGCUGCACAGUCUUAGCCGCCUAGCACAGCAGAAUUUGGAGCCACUUCGGAAUGCAAAAGGAUGCACCAUCAUAUUCACAGACCGCUCCGGUAUGAGUGCACUGGGCCACGUGAUGCUGGGAACCAUGGAUGUCCACCAUCACUGGAUGAGACUUUUUGAAAGCUUGCCAAGUUAUUUUGACCUUCAGCAGAGAAUGUCAGUCUUAGAAGACCAGAUAAGCAAUCUUCUAGGGGGCAUACGAGUAGUUUAUGUCGAGGAGUUGCAGCCAGCACUCACACUUGAUGAGUACUACUCCCUCCUUGACGUCUUCUAUACUCAGCUGCUGAAAAGUAGGAUACCUUCUCACCCUCAGAGUCUGAGUGGCUUGCAGAUGAUCCUUAGCAGUGACAGGUACGAGCCAAGCUUGCAUGAACUUGGGCAUUUUAACAUCCCAGCCCUCUCAGAUCCAACAAACCUCCAGUCAUUUAUGAGAAGCAAAGCCCAGCAGGCAAGAGAAAACAUGACAAGAAGGGAGGAGUUAAAAGUUAUUGAAAAUGAAUUGAUACAGGCUUCAACAAAGAAAUUUUCUCUGGAGAAGUUAUAUAAAGAGCCCAGCAUUUCUAGCAGACAAAUGGUGGACUGCUGUAAGAGACUUCUACAACAGCCACUGCCUUAUCUGCAUGGGAUGCACCUCUGUGUGUCACAUUUCUAUUCUGUUAUGCAAGAUGGAGACUUGUGUAUCCCAUGGAAUUGGAAGAAAGGAGAAGCCAUGAAGUAGCACAGAUACUGUUGUAUUUUCUGGAAAAAAAUGAGAAACUGUUGAAUUUAUUUAAAUUCAGUUUAAUAGUAGUAUUCACAUGUUAGAACAAAGUUUCUAACUGCUGCUUUAAAAGUGGGCUGAGCUUUUCUUUGUAGUGAAUUUAUGCUAAGAAACUUGUUUUUGAAAGGUUUUAUUCCCCCUAGUCUUAUGAUGCUUAUGGCCAGGAAAAAAGAUGCUUAGAAGAAAAAAACUAUUUUAAAGAUAUAUAAUAGAGAGUUCUAUAAGUCAUAUAUAUUUUUAUAUGAGUGAAUGUGCAUAUGUAUAAAUUGGCCUCAUUCAGUACUCUUUAGUACUAGAACUCAUUUUCACAUGCAACACAGUUCAAUGUGUGUCUUCAUAAUUACAUUCUAUGGACACACACACACUUUGUAGCCAUUAAUGGACAGUUAUGUUCAAAACAGAUGAUUGAUGAGUAGCAAAAAUUAAAUAACUACAUUUUGUUUGAGAAAGAUUUAAAAAAAAAAACCUUAUUGAAUAUAUGCUUUUAACACUGUCUGAUACUAGUUUAUUAAAACAUCAGUGACAGAGAAUUUAAAUACAUGAUUUUUUCCUCCAUUUAAAAUAUUGAUAGAGCAUAUGCUUGGUAGGCACAGGCCCUGGGUUCCAUCUCUAGGACCAGGAAUGAGUAAGAUGUAGUAUUAUAAUUUAGCCAGAAGCUCCUUUUAAAAGCUGUUUUCAUUUCUUCAGCCUGCUGCCUCCUGUGGUCUCUGGUGUCUCCCACACAGUGGGAGACCCACUUUCUAUUCAGAUCUGCACAACACUUUUCCCCUGAGGAAGCCCUAGUAAAUUUUUCCCACUGUGCAUUAGAACAAAGGAGACAAUAAAAUCAGUUUUCAUGUUUUGGGUUUUUAUAAAGCAUCAGUUGUUUAAACAGGUCAAAUGUAUGUUGAAAAUAAGAAUUGGCUUGUAAAAGGA